GUGAUUGCGAAGAACAUCGAGGAUGCGAAAGGUUUUCUGGAGAGGAUCAGCUUCAGCUUGAAUCACGAGAUGGCGCAGGUCUCUGAUGCCUUUCGCCGCUUUGACGUGGACAAGUCCGGCAAGUUAGACCCCAAAGAGUUCCGAUACAUGUGUGCCUACAUCGGCUGGGGCUACGAGGAGGCUGGCAUGAUGGAUGUGAAUGACGACGGCUUCAUCACCCUGGAAGAGUUCCAGCGCUUCGUAGGUGAUGCCGGGGGUCUUGGAGAGCUCUUCGAGCACCGGCGUCUACGCGUUGCAAGAAAGCAGUGGGGGGUCGAGGCGCCUGCGGUGCUCGAGGUUGGCAACCGCGUUCGCUCACACUACCACACGACAGACGGGAAGAAGUCCGAGCACUUGCGCGAGGGCCAGGUCUUGGAGCUGCGCGUGAUGCCGAACAACGGAGUGCUUAUCGACUUCGUGGACGACGAGUCGGAGAAGACGGGGCCCAAGGUGCUCAGCCGGCAGGUGGUUCCCCAGAGCUGGAUUUUCAGCGAUACCAGGGACAGCAACGUCGUGUCCGCCCUGCGUGAAGUGGGCAUCCUCGAGGAGCAGCAGGCAUUUUGGGCCGCCAUCUUUCCAGAGUCCGAGAUGCGGGCCGUGGAGUACCUU